AUGAUGCGAGCGGGGUUUGUGGAGAUGCAGCUCGUGCCGCGCGGCGCGGACCGCGCCCCCAGCCGCAGCUUCUUCACCUGGAGGGUCGACCUCGCGGCCUGCUUCCGCCGCAUCGCGGCCGACGUCUACAGGGCGGGGUGCAACGUCUGGUCGCGCUACGUGCACACGAUGGAGGCCAACGCCGACAUCGUCGCCGCGUCGCGCGCCGCGUACUACGGCGGCGGCUCGAUCAACAUCACGGAGGACGCGCGGCCCCGCAUGGCGCGGCUGCACCGCGUGAACCAGGCGCUGGUCGCGGCGCAGCUGCGGCUGGACGAGCAGGCGGCGCUGUUCUCGGACUUUUCGCACUUUGUGGCGCCGUGA